AUUAUCGCAAUUCUUUCAUCCAUAAGCCUCGUUAGCAUGCCUAUACAGGCGAGGAAUACAGCUUCUCGUCUCCCAUACAGCGAGGACAUUGAGAAAGCCCCCCUCAACCCCGACAACAGUCCUCCAGAUUACGACGAUGACCGCCGUACAAAGCCGCGGCAGUCCGGUUCGACAAGGAGCGAGAUGCGUACGGUCUUCUUCACUGGUUUGGGUUUGUUCGCUCUCGCUCUCUACGUAAGCCAGAAUGUAUCCUUCCCCUUUCCUAGCAAACCUCAGCCCUUGCCCGACUUCAUCACCAAAGGUAUCGAGCAAUGCAAGAUCAUCUCUAGGCCGCCUCCUCAUUUUGAGCGAUUCGACAGCAAACGAGAGAAAAACGAUAGGUUCGUUCCUGGGACGAAGCCUGUAUGGCUUAAAAAUGGAACUGUCUGGACUGGUGAAGAUGAUGGAAACGAAAUCCUCCAGGGUGUAGACCUGUUUUUGGAUAAUGGUGUGAUUCGAAAGAUGGGGUCUACACUGGAGUUAGAUGAGAUAUUGAAGGGUUCUGAGUACGAUGAGGUCGAAUUGCAUGGGGCUUGGGUCACUCCAGGUAUCGUGGAUACCCAUUCUCACAUGGGUCUCGACUCUGCCCCUGGUCUCAAGGGCUCUUCUGAUACCAAUUCUCACCGCGGCAACACCCAACCUUGGUUGAGAUCGUUUGACGGCUUCAACACUCAUGAUCUUGCUUUCAAUUUGUCUAUCUCUGGUGGUAUCACAACAAUGCUCGUUUUGCCCGGUUCAGCUGGGUCUAUCGGUGGACAAGCUGCAGCCUUCAAGCCACGAUGGACUUAUGAGAACACUCCCCAAAGCAUGCAAGUUGAGCCACCCUUCGUAAUUGACUCUUCUGGUAAUGGCACCUGGCAACGCACUCAUUCCUGGCGGCACAUCAAGCAUGCUUGUGGUGAAAAUCCUGCUCGUGUCUACGGCGCCAAGCGUAUGGAUGCGGCCUACGACUUCCGAAAAGCCUAUGCAGAAGGCAAGGAGCUAAAGGACGCCCAAGACAGGUGGUGUGCCGACCCUAAGAGUCAGAAAGAACCCUUCCCUACCAGCCUCGAGUACGAAGUUCUGGCUGAUGUCAUCAGGGGUAAUGUCAAGGUCAACAUCCACUGCUAUGAGACCACUGACCUCAACACUCUUGUACGAAUCUCCAACGAGUACGAAUUCCCCAUCGCAGCAUUCCACCACGCGCACGAAGUCUACCUCGUACCUGACCUACUCAAGCAAGCUUGGGGCCCUGUGCCUCCUGCGGUUGCAAUCUUUGCGACCAACGCCAGGUACAAGCGAGAGGCGUAUCGGGGUACCGAGUUCGCUCCCAAGAUCCUUGCCGACAAUGGCUUAUCUGUCAUCAUGAAGUCCGAUCACCCUGUUCUCGACUCGCGUUACCUUGUCUAUGAAGCCUCCCAAGCUCACCACUACGGAUUGAACUUCUCCCACUCCCUUGGAGCUGUCACUACUCACCCUGCCAAAGCGAUGGGCCUUGAUCACCGUCUUGGCUAUGUUCGCGAAGGUUACGAUGCCGAUUUGGUUGUUUGGGACUCGUUCCCUCUCUCGUUAGGAGCUACCCCUAAGCAGACUUACAUCGAUGGAAUUCCUCAAAUCCUCAAGCCUCAUGUGGUGGAAAAGCCUGCUGAGGCACAAGAGAUCUUCCCCGAAGGCAAGUGGGAUGACGAGAUUGCUGAAGCUAUCAUUACUCGUGGUGACCCUGACAGGCGCCCAAAAAAGUCUGCAAACAAUAUUCUUUUCCAAGGUGUCACCGCUUUCUACCUCGGCACCGACAAGUUUGAUCUUUCUGUGUUCGAACAGGGCAAGAAGGGCGAUGUUAUCGUCAAGAGCGGGGAGAUUAUUUGCGUUGGCAAAUGUACUGUGGAAGAAGAUUUGGACUUUGAGGUCAUCGACUUGAAAGGCGGUAGCAUUGCACCUGGUAUGAUUAGUGUCGGAAGCUACCUCGGAUUAAUGGAGAUCAGACAGGAGAAGUCCACUACCGACGGAAAAGCAUACGAUCCAUUGCAGGACGCUGGGGAGUAUACUGACGGUAUGUUGGUACACGCAGUCGAUGGCGCUCAGUUCGGCGGCAAGGACGAGCUUCUCGCCUACAGCUCCGGUGUAACUACCAUCGUCGCCUACCCCAUCUCCACCUCACUUAUCUCUGGCCUCUCUUUCUCCUUCUCUCCCUCUGCUCCCCACCCUCUCGCCCGGCAUGCUAUCCAGAACCCUUCUGCAGCGCUUCAUCUCUCUCUCGAGAACACUCCUACAUCCAUCUCUUCGAAGAUUGCCAUCCUUCGACGUCUCUUGCUUGGCGAAGUCGAAGGCCACACUGAAACGGUACGGGCAUUCAAGAAGGUGGCGAAUGGAGAAUUGAGGUUGGUCGUGGAAGUUUCUUCUGCCGAUGUGAUAAGUGCUUUGGUGAGAUUGAAGAGGGAAGUGGGAAGGAAGGUGAAGAUCACCAUUUUGGGAGGGCACGAGUCUUGGCUCAUUGCUCAAGACCUUGCCGACGAGGACAUUGGCGUCAUCGUCGCCCCCAGUAGAUCUUACCCUGAAGAGUGGGACCAGCGUCGCAUAAUUCCUGGUCCUCCUCUUUCAAACCACACUCUUCCAUCAUACCUUGUUUCUCAUGGCGUCAAAGUUGGCCUUGGUAUCGUUGAAGAAUGGCAAGCGCGCAACACGCGAUACGACGCUGCAUGGGUUUACGCCAAUUCCCCGGAAAUCUUCUCUAAAUCGUCGGCUUUGGCCCUUGUGUCCAACAACCUCGAAGAGUUGUUAGGACUCAACGAGAACAACAACGCUUUGAGAGAGAAUGAGAAGGCUUGGGUUGCGUACGAGGGUGACUUGUUUGGAUUUGAAGGGCGUGUGAGGGGUGUUCGAGGGUAUGCAAAGGACGAGGUGGAUUUGUUCUAGACUAUAGAUGAAUGAUAAGCCUGAACGAUGUCCUAUGUUUUGAA